AUGAAAAGAACCGGUAAAAAAUGGCCGACAUUGAAACCUUCAUCUGUCAAGCUUUCAUGUUACCUUGGCAAGCUCCCCGUUCUGGGACAAUUGGACAUGAAGGUAGCCUACAAGUGUGCUGUAGUAGACUGCUCCUUGGUAGUAUUAAAUUGUCCAGGUCCUAGUCUAUGCGAAAGGGACCUAAUUUUUCAGUUGAGCAAUGCAGGGUCACCUGUCCUUAACUUGACUGCGGAAGCCGGAUCGCCAACGAGUCUUCUGGCCAUGGACGACAUCGUCAACGAGUUUCGUGACAUUUUCAGCGCAAAACUCGGCUGCAUCAGCGGUACCCCUGUGCACCUUCAACUCAGGGAAGGAGCUACACCCAAGUUCUAUCACCAGCCGCUACUGGGCCUGUUGAAAGCGGAGAAGCCAACGCCAGCGUUGGCCGCAGCACGAAUACGGCGCUGGGCUCUCUACCUUGAUGGAUUUCGCUACAAGCUUCAGUAUUCACCCGGGUCAACCCAGGAGACGGAAGAGUGGACACUGCCGCCUGGCACAGCCAUGUACGCCCGUAACUACGGCCAGGGGGAGAAAUGGACACCAGGGAAAGUUCAGUCCACUGCAGGGUCACGCAUGGUCACCAUACAAACGCCCGCAGGGGUGGUUCGACGUCACAUAGACCAAAUGCGUUCCAGGCCAAGCCCGGCAUUUGCCCGGAGCGGCGCUCAGCGGGACCAAGACGAGGGGAGCCCUCCGGCUGCAGGGGCGCCCACACCAACCGGCAACGAAGGCAAGUUGAAUGAGCAGCCUGCAGACCAGGUGGCACCUGCGCAACCGUAG